GCUCGCAGCAGUGACGCUAUUGUUGUGGCGCGGCGGGGAAGCACGUGAGGAGUGCGACGUCACCAUAAACACUCGUGGGCAACAUGGCGGCGCCGCCGAGCGGCAAGGUUGUAUAUGAGCAAGAAGGAGUUUUUAUUCACUCCUCCUGUGGAAAAAAUGAUGACCAGGACAACUUAAUAGCAGGAAUACUGCGUGUCAUAGAAAAGGAAAAUGAAGUGGUAGUAGACUGGAGACCACUGGAUGAGACUUUGGAUACUUCUAAUAUCCUCUGUGCUGGAAAGGAUUCCAGUUCUGUUGUGGAGUGGACUCAAACUCCGAAAGAAAAAUGUUCCCGAGGAGCAGAUCGUCCGAGUAGUUAUGAAGCAGAAUGGGACAUGGUCACCACAGUCUCUUUUAAGAAAAAACCUCAUUCAAAUGGAGAUGCUACAACUCAUGCAAACAGAGAAAGCAAGUGGUCGUUCCUGUUCAGUUUGACAGAUCUGAAAUCAAUCAAACAAAACAAAGAAGGCAUGGGAUGGUCUUAUUUGGUGUUCUGUCUGAAGGAUGAUGUGAAACUUCCAGCUCUUCACUUUCAUCAUGGAGAUAGCAAAUCAUUGAUUAAAUGUCUUGAAAAGCAUGUUGCGCUGAAUGAAUCUCCACAUGAUGAACGGGUUCUUCUUGUGAAGACUCAGAAGUCACUGUCUCAGUCUUUUGAAAAUCUCUUUGAUGAACCAUCAUAUGGCUUAUUACAAAAAUGGAAGAAAGAUCCAUACGUAGUAACAAUGGGAAAAUUUUCCAAAGUCACAAACUAUAUUGUUGGUACUUUACGUUCAAGCGAUCAGUCAAAUCAGAGGCGACCACCAUCAGAAAUGGCAGACUUUUUCAAUGACACCAUUCCAGGGCUGAAGAUAAAUCAGCAGGAAGAGCCAGGAUUUGAAGUCAUCACACGAAUCGACCUAGGGAAACAGCCUGAAGUUAGUAGAAGAGAGCCUGUGUCAGCUGAAGAAUGGGCUAAGAAUAUGGACUCUGAAGGAAGAAUUUUAGAUGUUGACUACAUAAAACGAUUGAUAUUCAAAGGGGGUCUCUGCCAUACUUUAAGAAAAGAGGCAUGGAAAUUUCUUUUGGGAUAUUUUCCUUGGAAUAGCACGAAAGAAGAGAGAGCAAAUCUUCAAAAAAGGAAAACGGAUGAAUAUUUCAGGAUGAAACUGCAGUGGAAAUCUGUCAGUGAGGAGCAGGAAAAGCGAAACUCAAGAUUAAGAGAUUACCGGAGUCUUAUAGAAAAAGAUGUUAACAGGACAGAUCGAACAAAUAAGUUCUAUGAAGGUGAAGAUAAUCCAGGACUGAUUUUACUUCAUGAUAUUUUGAUGACCUAUUGCAUGUAUGACUUUGACUUAGGUUAUGUGCAGGGGAUGAGCGACUUGCUGUCACCUGUCUUGUAUGUUAUGGAGAAUGAAGUAGAUGCCUUUUGGUGCUUUGUAUCAUACAUGGAUCAAAUGCAUCAGAAUUUUGAAGAGCAGAUGCAGGGUAUGAAGACACAACUUAUUCAGCUGAGUCACUUGCUUCGUUUACUAGACAGUGGAUUUUGCAGUUAUUUAGAAUCUCAAGACUCAGGCUACCUUUAUUUUUGCUUCCGGUGGCUUCUUAUCAGAUUUAAAAGGGAAUUUAGUUUUCAAGAUAUUCUUCGACUCUGGGAGGUCAUGUGGACGGAAUUGCCUUGUCAGAAUUUUCAUCUUCUCCUUUGUUGUGCUAUCCUAGAAUCUGAAAAACAGCAAAUAAUGGACAAGCACUAUGGCUUUAAUGAAAUAUUAAAGCAUAUCAAUGAACUGUCUAUGAAAAUCGAUGUGGAAUAUAUCCUCUGCAAAGCAGAAGCAAUUUCUAUGCAGAUGAUGAAUUGCAAGGAAUUGCCUCAAACAGUCAGUGAGAUCCUGGGGAUAGAGAACAGUUCGGUAACACCGGAUUCAGAUACUGGAGAGGAUGAAAGUGCAGCUGAGUUGAGUUGUCCAACGUCACUGUAUCAGAGUAUCUCAACCCCUGUGAUUGCUGCCAACGGGACGAGGGACGGCACUCAACAGGCGGCUGAGACCCAGAGCCUGGCACCUGCCUAAUUACCCUUGGUCCCCUUGGAGAGAGACUUUCACUGAGCACAUUUUGUUCAAGCACUUGAGAGAUGGAUAUUUAAAUUUGGUGUUGAUUAAGCUUUAAGGUUGUAAAGAAAAUCUGUACUGUAAUGCUUUUGCAUUAAAGCUUUACAACAUGACUCAA